AUGUCGCCUCAAAACAGUGGAUCCAAUAUAACCCAUACUCUUACAAGUUUAUUUGAAGAAAUGUUGCUAGCAUCAGAUCUGAACAACGAAAAUAGAAGUAACGUAGACCUGUCACAGUUCCUGUCCGCUCUGAAAGAGCAGUCUUCGAAGAACAGUAGCCAUGAGCCUUUGGACUUUGGGACACUCGUGAAAUUGGUGGACGGUUGGCGGAACAAGUUGAAUUUGACCAAGAGCUUUGAGCCACCUUGCAACUACUGCGAUGGUAGUUUCCGUGACUUUGUUCUAGCUUACAACAGUAUUCAUGGUUUCAUAAGCCUAUUUGUGUGUUUCUUUGGAAGUCUGGCAAACGCACUGAACGUGGCAGUGUUGACUAGGCGCGAUCUAGCUGCAGCGCCUAUUAAUAGACUACUAAAAUGGUUGGCUGUAGCUGAUGUCUUCGUGAUGAUGGAAUAUGUUCCAUUUGCCAUCUAUAGAUAUCUGAUCCUGCCUGAGCAGCGUGAGAUGCCAUACAACUGGGCGGCUUAUCUUCUAUUUCACAUGCACUUCACGCAGAUCUUCCACACGGCAUCCAUCUGUCUCACUCUCUCCCUGGCAGUAUGGAGAUAUGUAGCUAUCAAAUACUCAGAUCGCAAUCACAUAUUGUGCACCGAGAGGCGAUGCAGCGCAGCUAUUCUCAGUAGUUUCAUACUCCCACCGAUUCUGUGUAUACCUACCUUUAUGGUCUUCGAUAUCCACACGACAGUAGUCCUAGAACCGAGUGGGCCUAUAAUUUUGUACCACGUAGACGCUGAUCAAGAGGGUCAAUUAUACCAGAUAAAUUUUUGGGUACAUGCAGUAGUAAUUAAGUUGCUCCCCUGCAUCAUACUCACAGUGAUAAGUUUAUGGUUGAUAAGAGAAGUAUACAGCGCAAACCAGCAUCAGAAGAAGGUUCGUGUGUACAACGCUUGUCCAACAAGCAACAAACAAAUAAAGAGACAGUGCAAAGCAGACAGAAGGACGAAUAGAACAACGAAGAUGCUGGUUGCUGUCCUCCUUCUGUUCCUAGUGACGGAGUUACCGCAAGGGAUUUUGGGGCUGCUUAGCGGGCUAUUGGGUCGUUGUUUCUUUAAGAGAUGCUACGAUUUAUUCGGAGAGUUGAUGGAUGCGUUGGCUCUGUUGAAUGGAGCCAUCAACUUCAUACUGUAUUGCUCCAUGUCGAGACAGUUCCGGAUGACCUUCGGGCAGAUCAUGUGGCGUGCGCAUCUCCACAAGUGGCCCCCGCCGACCGCUUCUCACUCCGAUGGCCAGCACACAGGGAAAUCUUCGGUUCCGUGA